AUUUUUGUGGGCUCCGGCUUGAAACCUGAGUCCGUUGAGAGGGAUAAAAUUGUUCCUGUUCAGGAUUUACUGUGACGAUUAUGGUUGAGCAACAAACAGAUAAUUUCGUUAUUCUGAAAGGAUGCACAUUCUGAUUUUGCGCGGCUUCUGAGCGUGCUCGGUGACGAGAGUAGGCGAGUGACAGGGGUUCGUUUGUGUUGGAAGUUGGAACUUGCGCCCGUUGCCACUUUCUCUUUCGAACCUUUCUGUGACAUUUGCUCCUGUUAUCGUUGCAACGCGAGGCCGGGAAUGACGUUGUGACUUGCGGGCGGGCUCCCAUCACCGCUUUAACGAUGAGUUACCCGGGAAGCGGCGGCGACCCGCGUGCCGCCGAAUCCUUCAAGGCUAUUGUAACGCACGUGGCGUCCGAGUUCAAGUGGCUGAAGAUCUACGUGCAGCGGGACUACGACACGGUCGAGCAAAUCGAGAACUACAUGCAGAGCCUGGAACAGUCCCUGAGCACAAAGGCCGGCUUCAUGCACCAAGGUCAGAUCCCGCUGGGGACGCCAUGCUUCGCGCGCUUCACGGACAACAAGUGGUACCGGGCCGUGUGCUCGGCCUGGCCGAAGACGGACCCGACUUUUGUCGAAGUCACCUUCAUCGACUACGGCAACCCCGAGAUUCUAUCGGUGUCGGACGUUCGCCGCGGGGAGGACAACAUCUUCAGGACGCCGCCGCUGGCGAUGGAAUGUUUCCUGGACAACGUCGACAUGAUGCUCUUCUCGCCGCAGGAGGCUGCCGACGUCGUGGUGCUCGCCAGAGACAAGCUUCUCUACGAAGAGGUCACGGUUCGCGUCCGACGGCACGAGCAGGUCGCCGAGAACUGUAUCCGCCCCUUUGUCGCCAUCGAACCCGCGGAAGGCGGCGACUUAGCGUCUUUGCUGGACAGUUCGAGUAGUCAGAGUUCCUGCGUCGGCACUCCACCAGUACCGAGCGUCGCCUUCCGCUACCAAAACGUUGUUCUGGGUAAGGCGUACCAGGCGUAUGUCUCCCACGUUGAGAGCAUGUCCAAUGUCUACCUUCAUCUCGUCGACAGGGACCCUGCCCAAUUCCUUGAGAGCAUACAGGAGUUCUGUGCGAAUUCACCCUCUCUUCCGGCAUCUCAAGUCCAGGAGGGUACAGUCUGCCUGUCUCGCUUCUCGGAGGAUGGCCUGCUCUAUCGCUCUCUUGUCAUUGGCUGUUCGGGAGGCCAGUGCAAGGUCCUAUUUGUGGACUAUGGAAACCACGAGAUCAAGUUGACGUCAGAGUUGAUCGUCCUUCCGCACGAAUUCCUGGAUGAGCCCGUCUUUGCGGUGCGCUGUACGGCCGUCAGCACGGGCUUGGACAAGGCGACGUUCGAGUCGCUGACUGCGGAUGCCGCCUUUACAUGCCGAUUCGUCCAGGCACCCAGCGUGGGAAUGUACGAGGCGGAGUUCCCGGAUCUUGCACCACCCACUCGGACCAACCCGGCCGUCCAGGGACAAAUUCGUCUGCAGAAGCUCUGUCUAGAUGCAGGGAACGGGCACGUUAUGUACGUCUCGUUUUUCGAGUCCGUCAAAGUUAUGUACGCCCAGCUGAAGGAGAUGGUCGAAGAAAUUGAGCAGAUCUCGGAACAGCUUGCCCACGAGAGUCCCUCAAUGCCUCCAAUGUCUCCGUCAGAUCUUUCGUCCGGUUUGGGCGUAGCGUGUAAGUACGAGAACAUCUGGUACAGGGCGGAAGUCCUCGGCAUGAACGGAGCCAAAGUUCAAGUCUGGCUCGCAGACUACGGGGACACUGUGCUCCUGGAGCUUACGGAUUUGAGACACCUCGACCCAAAGUACACGCUGCAGCCAGCUUACGCUGUCAAGCUCAGCCUCGUAGGGCUCGAGUGUGACCCACAGUCCGCGGACCACGUCGCGAACGAGUUGCAGAAGCUGGUCCUCGAUGUGGAGUCCAAGGUGCUGAUCUGCGAGGUGCGCCCGGACGGGACGCACAUGGUCGACAUGUACAUCAACGAUCCGCCCGUGUCCGUUGUGGCGGCACUCCAGACUGCCGCGCCUAGGGCAUCGGUCAAGGUACCGCAACCAAAACUGCUCGCAACGGAAAAGCUGGUGGUCACCAGCGUGUCCCCACCAAACAAGUUCUUCGGGCAGCUGAUGAGGCUUCCGGAACAGGACUUGGCCAUCCUGCAGGGCAAACUUCUGGAAUUCUACAGUCCAAAGCAUCCAAACCAGACGUACCAGCCACAGCCAGGUGACUAUGUCUCCUGCCGGUUCUCGGAGGACUUACUGUUCUACCGGGCGAAGGUGACCUCCAUGGCUGACAGCGGACGCUGCAACGUCUUCUACAUCGACCAUGGCAACGAGGAGUGCGUUUCUAUCAAAGACGUCUUCGAGCUCACGCAGGAGUUGGCAGAGGAAAAGCCAGUGUUUGGAAUCCAGUGCGUUCUGGAGUCCGGAACGUCGGAGGCACUCCUGGACUCGGAGGUGGAAGUGCAGAUCAGAGGCUUCAGGGAGAAUGAGCACACAGUGUCGCUUGUAGUUGGGGCUGGCAAGCCUACUUCAUUUGGAGGCUACCAGUCGGAGCAGACAACGGGAGCGGCCUCCGCUCCGGUGGUGAACAUGUCCCACGCUCCGAAGCCACCGCCCCAAGUCAUUGCGGAGCAGCGGCUGAAUGUCGGGCUGCGCACAACCGCGGACGUGGUUUUUGUCGUCUCCCACCUGGAGUUCUACUGCCAGUUGAGCCAGAACGAGGCACAGUUGAACACCCUCAUGGAUGCGAUUGCCAUGGCCGCGACCACACAGCCGCCCCUCAGUCCGGAGUGUCUCGAGGUGGGGCUUCCGUGCUGUGCAUUGUACUCUGAAGAUGGAGCGUGGUAUCGGGGUGUAGUGACAGCAGUCGGUCCCACCGGCGCCGACGUCUUCUUCGUGGACUACGGCAAUGCGGAGACAGUCCCCCUGGAGUCCCUGCGCGCCCUCCCCCCAGGGCUGCUGGCCCUACCCCGUCAGGCGCUCCGCUGUACGCUGAGGGAUUUCCAGGCACCCGUCUCGGACACGCUGACCGAACGCCUCGACCCCUUGCUUACCGAACAGCGUGUGACCAUCGAGGUCUUCUCCAACCACUCUGGCGUCAACGAGGUGUCUGUUUUCCUGGCGGACGGCUCUUCCGUGGUGGACGUGCUCAAGCGAGAAGGGUUCGGGACAGUGGGCGGUUCGGUCGCGCCGCCACCGGUCGCAGCAGCCGAGGAGCCCUUUGUGGGUGGCUACCAGUACCCGGUGCUGCCGGAGGGUGUCGCGGUGGACGUUGAGGUGUCCUGGGUGCUCAGCCCAGGAGAGGUGUACCUGCAGCCCACCGACUCGGCUGCGGCGCUCACUGCCCUCAUGAAGCAGAUGCAGGACUACUACAACGGCCCCAGCUGCCCGACCGGCAGCGGCAGGAUCCGGGCGGGCCAGGCUUGUGUGUCCAAGUACUCGGAGGACGGGAUGUGGUACCGCGCCAGGGUGACCCACGCCAAGGGCGGACUCCUGGGCAUCCACUACGUGGACUACGGAAACUGCGAGGAGGUGCCCGAAAGCUCCCUCCGACCGCUCCUGCCCCGCUUCGCGGAGCUGCCGGCCCAAGCGAUCCGCUGCCGACUGCGCGGGGUGGACCCCCCUGGAGGAUCUGCAGCCCCCUGGCCCCCGGCAGAGGCAGGAGGUCCGCUGCAGAGCAUCUUUGAAGGGCCGCUGUGGUGCCGCCUGGUGGCGCAGCGCGACGGCGUUCACGUGGUCAACCUAGAGCGCACCGGGGGCAGGUCGGAAGUCAGCCUGGUGGAUGCGCUCGUGUCCGCGGGGCUCGCCAAAGCGGUGCGCGCAAAAGACGAAGGGGGCUCGGCCUCGGAGGCCAGCCUGGGGUCCAAGCUGCGGGCCGUCAUCUCGCCCGCCGAGUUCUCCUUCCAGCAGGGCCAGUUUGUCGACGUGAAGGUGGUUUCGGUGGCCUCUGCGAAGGAAGUGUGGUGCUGCCUCCCCGAGGGCCUGGACGCUUUGCUGGAGAGCCUGCAGAAGGCCGGGGAGAGCGCCAAGAAGUUCAACAACCCAGUGCCUGGGGAGGCCGCGGUGGCCCGCUGCCCGUUCCCGGGCAUCGCGGGCGACUGGGCACGCGCCCUCAUCCGGUCCCGGCCAUCCCCCGCAAAGCUGGAGCUGUUCUUCGUGGACCUGGGACUCGUCAGGGUCCUGCACCACACAGAGGUGAAGCAGAUUCCCCAGGAGCUGACGGAGCAGCCGGGACAGGCGUUCCAGUGCAGCCUGGACUCUGGCUCUAACGUUGACCCAGGCCUGCUGUCUGCCAGGAUCCUCGGCAAGGAGUUGGUGCUCCAGGUGCGCGAGCAGCUCGACGUGGCAUUGGUUGCCGGAUCCCUCUUCGACACCUCCGGGGAAGAGGAGGUGAACGUGCUCGAUGCGCUGUCACCUCCGCCAAUGGAAGCCGCGCAGGACGUGGCGAAGGGCAUCGAAACGGAAGAGGCGGCCGCCGCACCGCCAAAGCCCCAAGAGCCGGCGAGGGCACAAGAGGCCGCACGGUCCAAGGCGUCGCCCCCGCGGCCGCAGUUCAAUCGCAGUCAGAGCGGCCAUGUGAUCCUGCCCUGCUACCCGCCGCUGUCCAAGAUCUCCGGCAAGAUGGCGGUGUACGUGAUGCAUGUGGAUGACUUGUGCUGCUUCUACGCCAUGCGCAUGGAUCAGGAGCAGGCCCUGGAGGAGCUGUCGGCACGCCUGCAGGAGCGCUACGCCACGGGCCAGGACCCCAGGGUCCAGCUGGUGCCUAAGCUUCCUUGCGUCGCCCUCUACUCGCAGGACAACCUUUGGUAUCGCGCCAAGGUGCUGAGCGACUCGCGUGUCCAGUUCGUGGAUUACGGCAACGCCGACGAGGUGGAGGAAGUGCGCGAGAUUGGCCCCGAGUUCCUGGACGUGCCCCCGUUCUGCUACAAGUGCAAGCUGGACGGCGGCCGAGAGAUCGGCACGAACCCGGCGGCUGUCAAGGAGUUCCAAGAGCUCGUCCUCGACGCGGAGCUUGAACUCGAAGUCGUCACGUGGGGUCCUGAAGUGACGGUCCGGAUGUCCAAGGGAGGCCAGGACGUGGGUGCGCUUGUGAAGGCCAAGCUCGCGGGAAGCGAGGAUGCCGCUGAAGACACACCUUCGGAAGACGCCGCCCUUUGCGUGUCGCCCGCCGCAAAGGUUGUGGAAGGCUACGUCAGCCAUGUGGACCGGCUCGACUCGUUCUACGUGAUCACGACAGAGCGGGACGACACGCUCACGGAGUUGUCGGAGAGCCUGCAGGAGAGGCUGGGUGCAGGCGAGGCAGCCCCGCUGGAGGGCCCCGCCCCCGGGCACCUGUGCGCGGCGCUCUACGCGGCGGACGAGCGGUGGUAUCGCGCCCGAAUCGAGGGGAUCGGCGAGGAGGGGACGCUGAGCGCGCGGUUUAUUGACUACGGCAAUGCGGAGACGGUGGACUCUGUGGUUGCGCUCACAGACGCGGAGGCGGCGCCGGAGCCAUUCUGCUUUGAGUGUCGGCUGAGCGGCGUCUCCGCAUUGGAUGGGGACCUCCUGGACAAAUUCAAGGAGGCAACUGAGGAUGCGACGCUACGGGUGGAGGUGCUGGAGGAGGGCCCGCCAGCGACGGUGAGGCUUGUCGACGCGGACGGCAACGACAUUGCAGAGCUGCUGGGGGUGAAAGUGCCAGAGGAGCCCGCCGUAGUCGAGAAGUCUGAAGGGGCGGAGUCAAUCGGACAGGCGGACGCACCGAAGAAAACAUACGGCUCCAUUUCGGUUCCGCUGAACCAGAAACUUCACGUCGAGAUCUGUCACUCCGAGGGUCCCACCGAUUUCUAUGUCCAGCUGAAGGACCGUCGCACCGAGCUGGAGUUCGUCGCGACCGCCCUACAGGGUGUGUCCGGCGACGGGAAGGUCUUUGAGGCGAGCGAAGGUGCGCCUUGCGUCGCGCAUUACGACGACGGGGUUUACUGUCGGGCGACCGUGACAAGCGUGGACGCUGCGGGAGCGCGGGUCUUCUACGUUGACUAUGGCAACUCCGAGACCGUAGAGCUCAGGGAAAUCCUCUCGCCGGUGGAGGCAUUGUUCGAGGUUCCGGCGCUUGCAAUACGCUGCACGUUGGAUAUCGCGGAGGCGGACUGCGUCACGGAGGCGACGGAUAAGUUUCGGGCGCUGGUGGACGACGAGUCAUGUGUGCUGCUCGCCGAGUUCCUUGGGGAACGUGACGGUCGGCACGUGGUCCGCUUGCUUGACAUGGGCAUCGACGUCCUCGGCAAUCGUGCCACCGGCGACUCCACCCUGGAAGUGACCGCCGAAGAGAGCCCAGUCGUGAAGGAGCCCACGGAGAACUUGGAGACCUCCUCACCUAGCGACGACGCCACACGUCUGAGCGAGACAGAAGAGCUGCCUAGCAGUAUUCGAGAGGACGGCGAAGAGGCAGAGUCUAUGGAGAAUUUUGAGACCUCGACUCCGAAGGACGUUGCCCCGCCGUUGAGUAAGCCCGAAGAACUGCUGAGCAGCAUCGAAGUUGAAGAUGUAGAGGCUGAUGUCGUUCCGCUGCCGGAAGCACGCGAGGACUCGAAGGAUGACGGAGUGGAGUCUGAUGGUGAGGUAGCCUCAGACGAACCGCAAGUUCUGGUGGCCACUGCUGAAGAGCUGGAUGGAUCUUGUGCGGCAGAAACUGAUCUGAAGACAGUUCCAGAACCGGAGACGGAUACAUGUGUAGGCACGGACACAGAUGCGUCUGCGGAACCGAAUGUACAUGCAGCUGCAGAACCGGUCACUUGUGUGGUGGCAAGGGAAAAGGGCAUGGUGGAUCUUCCGAACGUCGAGGACGAGCAGUUGGAGUCCGAGUCUUCUGCCACAGCAGACGAAGCGGUGAAGGACCAGAAGCCAACGGAACACGAGGUCGCCGAGAAUUCUCAAGAACAGUUGGAGUCCGAAUCUUCUGCCGCAGCGGACGAGGCGGUGAAGGACCAGAAGCCAACAGAAGACAAGGCCACCGAGAAUUCUCAAGAAGACGUCCAAACAGCCGAAAUUAAGGAACAGGGAGAGUUGGAAAAAGUGCUGGACGAACCACAAGUUGAAGUCGUUGCCAAAGAAGCUGAAGUAGACAUCAAGCCCCCAAAAGAACCAGCGGACGACACCGAGGACGCAAGUCCAGAGGUGUCUGCGGUCAAACAGAACGACGCAAGGAUUCCUGAGGUUUCCGGAGACAAAGCAGAUGGCGCGGAAGACAAGGAAGAGGCCGCCGAAGUGCGGGAGGUCGUCGACAAAGUUUGUGCCGCAGGCGCAGACACACCGGCAGCUGAGGUCGGAGGCUCGGGUGAUACGCCAACCACCAACGGUGCCGUGGGCAGACUGACACCGUCACCACCACCGAGUACCACACACCGCAAGAAGAGCCUGGACGACUGUAUUGUCCCAGGUGUCUGCACCAACGCCGAACUUGUGGAAGCACCCAGCGCGAGCGGCCAAUGAGAGCCUGCAUCUCUGCUCCCGCUGUGACUUGAUUGGCUUGGGGAGUGGGAAGGACGUGGCGGAAUGGUGUUUGGCGCGGUUCUGUAGUUACUCCUGGAAGUGCCUUGUGGUAACGUGCAACGCUUUCUAUCGUUUGUUGUUUUAUGUGUUCUGUUGCCUAAUUUUUGUUUUGUUUUUCUUCAAUUUUUUUUUCUUCAUUGAUGAUUCUUAUAUUCUUUAUGCCUGUGGUAAUUUUUAUUGCUGUGGCUAGUGCUCCGACUUAAAGUGAUAAUGGAGUUGCCUGUUUUUUGUAUGUCUGUGUUCAAUAUUCUAUAUACUUUCACAGGUUCAUUUUGGAAGCCAUACCGCAGAACGUCUGGGUCUUAUAACUAGGCUGUUAUUCAAUUUUGUACCUGGUGUCGAAUAAAUGAUACUAUGUUGGUUGCAAGAAUAAAAUGUAUUUUCUCAGUGUGUACCACUGAACUUAGGUCA